AUGAACAUAGAAGAACCUGAUUUGUUUGAUGACGAACCCACAAAUAAUAAAACACUAUCAUUCGUUCUUGAAGAGAAUGACUAUCUUGAUAAAGAGGUGGGAUACAUCUUAGAAUUGGUUCGUUACACGUGUGAAAUGUUAGGCAUAGGAAUUCCGCAACGAAAAAACUCCGAAAGGGACAUAGAUAUGCUCAUCAAAAGACACAUUUUCGCUUGUUUCGACGAUAUUCUAGAUACACAUUUAGACAUGAUCUUGGAAAAGAUAUAUCAUAUGGCCGAGAAUUCUCCAUAUGAGUCGGAUUCUACACAUCAUUUUGAAUUGGGAAAGUUUGACAUCCCUACUUCGUAUGAUGAAAUUUGGAAGCUAACUAAAAUUGCACGCAUCAUGUUGCAAAUUAAGAAAUUGUUGCGUUACACAGUUUCUCGAUUCAAGCGCAUUAUAGAAAGAGCCGAGAAAGAAAAAUUCCUUCCCGGUAAAGUAACAAUAAUUAAGAUUUUCACUCAAUAA